AUGCCGCCGUUCCGGUUACCGCCGGGGUUCCGGUUCCACCCGACGGACGAGGAGCUGCUGGGGUACUACCUGCAGCGGAAGGUGGAGAACCGCCUCGUGGACGACGGGCUGAUCGUCGAAGUCGACAUUCUUAAGUGCGAGCCGUGGGACCUGCCCAGCCAGUCGUGCCUCGAGGCCGGCGAGUGGUACUUUUUCUGCGCUCGCGACAAGAAAUACCCGCACGGGUCGCGCGCCAAUCGCGCCACGGCGAAGGGGUACUGGAAGUCGACCGGCAAGGACAAGCCCGUGCGCAGCUCGCGCACGUCACGACAAAUUGGGAUCAAGAAGACGCUCGUGUUCUACCUUGGGAGGGCGCCACGUGGCGAGCGGACGGACUGGGUGAUGCACGAGUACCGGCUGGAGCCCGAGGCGCGGUCGCGCGGCGGCCCUGCGGCGGACUACGUGCUGUGCCGCGUUUUCAACAAGAGCGCCGGCGCCGCGGAUACUCCGUUGCCCAUGGAUCAAGACGACGGGCAGCCCACUGCGAGCGAGCCGCCGUGGGAGACGGGUGGUGGCGGAGGAGGAGGUAAUACUCUGGGUGGUGUGUCGCCGACGGGUGUGGGUGGUGCGGGUGGUGCGGGACAGCCCGUAAAGUUUGGGGGGAGCGGAGCUGCGGGAGACGCGGAGGAAGCGGGCUCGAGCGACGCGGAGUCGGAAGGCGCGCUGACUACCACCACCGACCUUCACCCGUUCUUUCAGGAACUUUCCACCCGCAGCGACGGCACGAAUGGCUUCUCCGUCGUUCCCGAGUCGCUACACGCCCCUGCCGCCGCUUACCCGUCCGUGCCCGCUUUUCCCGCUGCAGACGCGUCAUUCGUCCCGCCAGGCACGUUCGGACCGCCGUCGCAGGAACCGGGGUUUCCGGACUUCCCGUUCGAGCUGCCGCCGGUUACGGAGCUGGGGCACAUGGAGGGCGGCGCGGAGAAUCUGAUGGACAUUCUGGGAUUGGAGGAGGUCGAUCUCGUUCCCGUCGACCCUGCCGCGGCGCCGCUUGUGCCCGUUGCCGUGCUGGAUGUGUCGGCUACUGCGAGCGGGAUUGCCUGGAGCGGAGCGGCGCGGCAGGAGGCGGAGAGCGACGUGGAUGUGGACGGAUUGUGGGAGAACAUUCAGUGGCAAGCGGGCGCUGCGGCGGCGGGACACGUGGCGGAGCAUGGGACCGCCCACGCGGCAGAGGCGGAGGAGUGGAACAUACCGAUGGAGGGCGGCGAGGAGUGGUUGGGCGAGCAGCUGCCGGCGUUGAAUCUUCCCGAAGGCAUCUCUAUCGACGACUUCCUCGAAGACGCGCUUGUCGCCGACGACCUCUACGAAAACCACGCCGCUCUUCCCGCCACUCCUGCCGUUCUCGCUGCGCCGGGUGUGCCUAGUGCGCGUGCGAUGGCGGCACCCGGUGGUUUCGCACCGGCUGCCCUUGCUGGCGCUCCUGGUGCGGCAGCGCGAGCGGCACUCAGAGCAGUGGCGCCCGCGCCUCUGCGAUCAGCGCGUGCAGCCGGCGCAGCCACCAUCGCAGCGGCCGCCGCAGCGCUGGCGAAGUCCAAAUCAGCACAUGGGGCCGCCGCCGCAGCAGCAGCAGGGGGAGGCUUCGCAUCGCUCGCCACCGCUUCCAAUCUCGGUCUCGCUCCUGUGGGCGCCGCCGCCGCGAGAGCACUGGUGCGGCCGAGGUCGCGGCCCGUGCGCGCCGCUGGCGCCGUUAUGCCGGCCGCCGGCGCGUCGGUGGCCGGGCGCCGCGUGCGAAUGCAAGUGUUCAACCCGCCGCAGCUGGCGGUUGGUGGCGGCGGAGCGCGGCUGGCGAGCAGCGGCAGCCGCAGUGGUGCGCCAUCGUUGAAUCUGGACGCGCGCCCAACUCCUCACGCGCACGCGCAAACGCGUCUUGCCCAGGCUGAUGGAAGUAUGAGUGAUGAGGACUGUUUCAUGGGUGCGCAAGAGUGGGCUAGGGGGAUGGAUCAGCAUGAGGGCAUGGUAGCAGCAACACCCGUAGCAGCGUUUGGUGGGCGGGGUCUGGAUUCACCCAUGGAGCUCAGCGCCGUUGCAGACGUCACAAUGCAUUUCGGCGUGGAAGAUGUGGAAGGACACGGGGCGCGGAUGACACACCACCCCGCUCACGCCCACACGCAUGCUGGUGCGGGUGAUUAUGCUCCUGCUGCUGGUGCCGCCGGUGCUGCUGCAGACGGUGCGUUUGGUGGUGCUGCUGGGGGGGCAGGUGCACUGUGGGUGGUGGGGCAAGAGGAGGAAGGAGUACGCAUAUUGCCCGUGCCACAGGGCGGUGUGGCAGAAAACGGUGCGGCGGAGGGCGGUGCAAGAGGAGGUGGUGCUGUAGGGUUAGCGGCUGCUGAGCCCGUUCGACUGCAUGCACAUGUUCUUGAAGCGCUUGCGUUACAGCCACACCCGUUACAGGAACGGGGAGGGCACGCGGAGAUGGAAGGGGAGGCGGAAUUGGCAGGGCUGGAUGAUCUAGUGCUUGUUGCUGACGCCGCCGCCCUCGCCGCUGCCCCUGCCGCCCCUCCUCCCCCUGUCGCCCUUGCUGCCCCUGCCGCCUUUGCUGCUCCUGCAGGUGCACCUGGUGUUCCUAUAGCGGAUGCUCCCCUAGCGGUCGAGCCUUUAGCUGGUGUUCCUAUAGCUCAUCAUUUGUUAGAGCUCCCUGUUCCUGGUGCUCCUGCCAGGGCUGUUGCCGCCCUGCCUCUCGCGGCACCAGCCCCACGUGUGGCCGCUGGGCCGCAUCUAGCCCCUCCUGCCGUUCCUGCUGCACAAAUGGCCGCUCCUGCUGCCGCGCCUGCAGCUCCUGCCUUACCUGCCGCAGCGGGAGGAGUGCUUCCGGCCCCUGCAGGAGCAGCGGAGGCGGGGCCAGGCGGAGCAGCAGCUGGUGUCGUGAUGCUUGGGGCGGCAGCAGGGCGUGCGGUGGUGGAAGACGGAGGUGCGGCGGCUCUUGACGCGCAGCAUGAUCCACGAUUGCUGGAGCAUGGAGGAGGGGUGGCGCGUGGAGGGGUAGAGGGGCAUGGAGGGGAGGGAGGCAUGGAGGGUGAGAUGAUGGAUGGUCAUGGUGAUGGCGAGAUGGUUGGCGGUGGCGAUGGCGACGGAGGUGCAGGGGUGGUUGUUCCAGGCGGCAGGGGGAUAUUACACGCAAGACAGCAGCCUCUGCAGCAGGCGAGGCUGGAGGUAGCAGGAGGUGGCGACGUGGCUGGCCGCCACGAGGCUCAGUUCAACGUUCCACAGCAUGAGGAGAGGGGAGAUGCAGAUGUGGGGAGAGGCAGGGCAGGGCGGAGUAGGAGCAGUGAAACCUUGAUGGAGGCGGAGGGGCCAGCAGGCCCCACUGCAGCAACUCCAUCCCAGAUGAUGCCGACACUUGGUGUGCUGCCGGGCGGCAGCGCUGCAGCACAAGCGGUGUGUACUGGUGGCCUUGAGCGCGCCUUUAGGACUUCAAGUAUUGCUCAAUCCGACGACGCUUCCGUAGCACAGGCGGAGAAACUUACAACAGCAACAGCAGGCAUUUCAGCAGCUGCUGUUAAAUCACUGGGCCUUGCAGCGCCUGCUGCAACAGCCAGUGCUAUUUCCUCAGACUGCUUAAGUGCAGUCGAUACAGUCGAUGAAGUGAAUACAGUUGAUGCAGUGGAUUCAACUGCACAGGUCUCAGUGCAUUCUCUGGCACCAGAGCCAGGGGAGGCAGCAAGGAAGGAGAUUGGCGAGCAGCGGUGUGUGUGUGCGCGCACCCGGCCCAUAGCAGACCUCAUCGCACAGUCCAAGAAGACACGCGGGCAGCGCCACCCGUGGCAGCAGUACCUGCCCGCUCGGCGCUCCGUCAACCUCGGAGCUGCUGCUCCCACAGCAGCAGAAGCGGCACCAGCAGCAACAACAGCAGCAGGGUCAGGGGCAGGUGUAGAGGCGGAGGCGGCACCAUCCAAAGCAGGAGCAGAUUCAACAGCCUCCGUCCUCCAGCCCGUAAAGUCUCAUGGCCCAGUGGGGCCAGCGGCGGUAAUUUCCAAGGCAGGGCGAGUGGGGGGAGGCAGGCCGGUGCACUCUCUGUCACGUGCAGGGGCAGGUGGGGGAGGGACAAGGCAGGCUGGUGGCCUGCGGCCCGCGCCCCGGUACCUGAGCGGCAUGCUGCAGCUGCUCUCCGCCCUCCCUGCUCGCCCUGCCCACGCCGCUGAGCUGGCUGCAGGCAGAGGGGCGGCUGGUGGCUUGCAGGGUGAGGGGGUAUCGGGGAAAAAGGGCGGUGGGGUGGAGAAGCAGGUGGAGGUAGAGGUAGAGGAGUGGAGCGAGGAGGACGAGGAAGAGGAGGUGUUUGAUUCGCGGUGGUGGGUGGAUUCUGAAGGAAGGGUGGUGCACAAAGACAGGCUGUUGGGGGUUAGUGGCAGGGGAUGGAGAAGCGGGAGAGGAGCCUUAGAGAUGGAGGAGUGGGAGGUGGAGACAGAAGAGGUGGAGACAGAGGAGAUUGAAUCAGAGAAGGUUGAUGUAUUGUCGUCUGUGGUGACUGAUGACGAGAGUGCCGACCCUGACUUGCAGGACACUGCCAGCAGUGGAGGAGGGUCUGUGGGGUCUGGCGGAAGCAGGCAAGUGCCUAAGCAUGUGGGGAGUAACGAGGGGAGGAGUAAUGGCAGGACUAGCAGCAGCAGGGUGGUGCGGCGGCACAGAGUGACAGUUGCCACGGGGUGGGUCGAGCGGCCGCACCAGCCAGACAAAACUCUAACUACGCUUGCAAAAAAAAAAACUGUGUCCAGGGCCAAAGCUUAUGGUUCUAUGAAGGCAGAGGAGUUGAGUGGCGGUGUGGGCGGCAAGGGGCAAUUGAGAGAGCUGGAGGAGCUGGGGGAGCUGUCUCCCUGGACGCUGCUUGCUCUGCUGCUGCGGCCACUGGUGGUGGCAGUGAGGCGAUGGCUUCAUGAGCAGAGGCUGCUGCUGUGGGUGGCUGUGGCGUUGUGUUGUGUUGCUGCGGGUGUGCUUGUGGCACCUGCGUGGCAUGUUUUGCCUCGCUUCGUUGCCGCGUGA